CCUGCAUGAUAAACUUCAUGGGGACGUGAACGCGAGUAGGCCUAGGGUAAUCGUUGUGUAACUUCUAGAGUAAUUAUUACCCUCAACAGGUUUGAAAAGAGUUUUGUACGUAUAGCGUAAGAUUUAUAUUGUUCCUCAAGAUGAGUUCUAGACAAAUUUUACAAGUGUUUGAGCAGUAUCAGAAAUCAAGAACAACGUUUGUUCAGACUGUGGCUGAGCUUGCAUCACGACCACAAAAUAUAGAAACAUUACAAAAUGCAGGUGUUAUGUCAUUACUGCGUCCACUACUGUUGGAUGUUGUACCCACCAUCCAACAAACAGCAGCACUUGCAUUAGGAAGGCUAGCCAACUACAACGAUGAUCUAGCUGAAGCCGUAGUGAAAGGAGACAUCCUACCUCAGCUUGUCUACUCAUUGGCAGAACAAAACAGAUUUUAUAAGAAAGCUGCAGCAUUUGUGCUGAGAGCCGUUGCAAAGCACUCACCUCAGCUAGGGCAGGCAGUAGUGGACUGUGGUGCCUUAGAUGCCCUGGUUAUAUGCCUGGAGGAGUUUGAUCCUGGUGUCAAGGAAGCAGCCUCUUGGGCAUUGGGCUACAUUGCCAGGCACAAUGCAGAACUUGCACAAUCUGUUGUGGAUGCUGGUGCUGUACCUCUCCUUGUACUUUGUAUCCAGGAACCAGAGCUGUCUCUGAAGCGUAUUGCAGCAUCAGCUCUCAGUGACAUAUGCAAGCACUCACCUGAACUUGCUCAGACAGUGGUGGAUGCAGGUGCCAUUGCACAUCUUGCGCAGAUGAUACUCAACCCUGAUGCCAAGCUCAAGCGCCAAGUCUUCUCAGCUCUUAGCCAGAUCUCUAAACAUUCGGUCGAUCUAGCAGAGAUGGUUGUUGAAGCCGAGAUCUUUCCAGCUGUCCUCACUUGUCUUAAGGACCAGGAUGAAUAUGUGCGCAAGAAUGUUGCAACGUUGAUCCGUGAGAUUGCCAAACACACACCUGAGCUUUCGCAGUUGAUCGUAAAUGCAGGUGGCGUUGCUGCAGUUGUGGACUAUAUUGGUGAUUGUAAAGGAAAUGUUCGUUUACCGGGAGUUAUGAUGUUGGGCUAUGUCGCAGCACAUUCUGAAAAUCUUGCAAUGGCUGUAAUAGUUUCAAAGGGUGUAACCCAGCUUGCAAUUACUCUAGCUGAAGAGCCUGAAGACCAUAUUCAAGCGGCAGCUGCCUGGGCCUUGGGCCAGAUUGGUAGGCACACUCCAGAACAUGCUAAAGCUGUUGCAGUUGCUAAUGUUCUUCCUAGGCUGCUCCAGUGCUACCUCCGCCACGAUGCUUCAGAAGACCUUCAAACCAAGGCUAAGAAAGCCCUGAAGAACAUCCUCCAAAAAUGCGUUCAUCUUCCUGCUCUUGAACCACUUCUCCACGAUGCCCCACCAAACAUCCUCAAACAUGUGGUGGGGCAAUUUAGCAAGGUUCUUCCACAUGACACCAAAGCACGACGUCUAUUUGUCACCAGCGGGGGUCUGAAGAAGGUCCAGGAGAUCAAGGCAGAACCAGGAAGCGCCCUCGCAGAAUAUAUUAACACCAUCAAUAAUUGCUACCCAGAGGAGAUUGUCAGAUACUACUCACCAGGCUAUUCAGACCAGCUUCUAGAUCGAGUCGAACAUUACCAACCUGCACAGUUGAUUUUCAUGAUGGUAUUAAUGAAUAACGUGAUUAGCACAUAUGGUUGGCGGCUACUCUACCAGAAUCAUCCCAAAGUCAGUUUGAAGCCUAGACCACAUUUAGAUCCAGGCAAGCCUUUAAUUUUGACACCAUAUAUUGAGUCUGGUAAUGUUGAUGAAGGGAGAAAAUUAAGUUUGGUUAGUCAACUCAACACAACAACUAAAAGCUAUGCAGGGUAUUUCACUGUUGAUAAACAAUUUGGAAGCAACAUGUUUUUCUGGUUCUUUCCUGCUAUGGUAAAUUCAGAGACUGCUCCUAUAUUGCUAUGGUUACAAGGUGGACCGGGAGGCUCAUCUAUGUUUGGGUUAUUUUCUGAAAAUGGACCGUUCUACCUCUCGAAAGACUUAAAAUUGCAUCCAAGAGAAUGGAGUUGGACAAAGAAGUUUUCAAUGAUCUAUAUAGACAAUCCUGUUGGAACGGGAUUUAGCUUCACUAAUGGUGGAUUUGCUCAGAAUGAAACAGCAGUUGGAUGGAAACUAUACAGUGCCCUCACACAGUUUUUCCAACUAUUCCCUAUGUACCAGAAGAAUGAAUUUUACUUAACUGGUGAGUCCUAUGCUGGCAAGUACAUCCCUGCUGUUGGAUUUCGCAUUCAUCAAGAAAACCCAACAGCUUCUACCAAAAUCAACUUUAAAGGCGUUGCUAUCGGUGAUGGUCUGUGUGACCCAGAAUCGAUGUUUCCUGCUUAUGGUGAUUUUCUCUAUCAAAUUGGGGUAAUGGAUUUCAAUGAAAAAAGUUAUGUAGAUACACAGGUUAACAUUGUGGUACAACUCAUUCAGCAGAAACAGUUUCUGAAAGCUAAUGAGGUGCUGUCAAAGCUGAUUGAAGGGGAUUCUACUGGCCAACCAUCUUUUUUCCAGAAUGUUACGGGUCUUCAGAGCUACUAUAAUUACGUUGAGGACGGUCCCCCAGGUUUUGGUGACUAUGCAGCAUACUUGAAUCAGGUUGAUGUCCGGAAAGCCAUUCAUGUCGGCAAUGUUCCUUUUAGCGACGGCAAUGAAGCAGCAGACAAUCUAGCCGCAGACAUCACUCAGUCUAUCAAACCUUGGAUGGAAAUAUUAGCUGACAACUAUAAGGUUUUGUUUUACAAUGGGCAAUUUGAUGUCAUCGUCGCUACUCCUCUUACAGAGCGCUUCAUUCUCAGAGCUUUGACAUGGAAAGGCUCAAAAGCUUUUCAAACAGUUAAAAAAAUAGUUUGGAAAGUUCAUAAGGAUGAUACAGACGUAGCUGGCUAUGUGCGACAAGUUGAUCAUUUCAUUCAGGUGGUGGUUAGAGGAGGUGGGCACAUCUUACCGGCUGACCAACCAGAACGAACUUUCAACAUGAUUGACAGAUUUGUAUCAGGGAUACCGUUUGACCAAUAAUUAUUAUAAAGCUCUGUCCAGACUAUUAAGUAUACUUGACAAAAACAUGUGACAUGCCUAAAUAUGGUCAUGAUGACAUCACAUCAUGACUAUAAUGACUAUAUAUAGGCACAUCAUGACUAUAUAUGGGCAUAAACAUUUUUUGUCUCAGAAUAUUUGAUAAUCUGGACAAAGUGAUUUUGUUUGAAAAUAAACCUAUAAAAAGCAGUCGGAUACACUUAGACCCACCACUGAAAUUUACAUGGACAACUCAAGGCUGAUGGAGGAUUUGAAAACAGGUUGUGAUAUUUUAUUUAAUUUUAAAAAAAGGGGGAAAAAAAGGAAACAGAAUAAUAUAUAUGGAUAGUAUCAGUUUAGAAUCUAUCAAUCUUGCUAUUCUAGAGGUUUCAAAUGGGUUGGAGCCCUGUCCCACAUUUUAGUUAGGGGAUGGAAGUGUUGUGAUUCAGUUUUUUUCAUUGCCCAAAUAAUUAUAUUAUAAACUGAAGUUGAUCUUUAUGUGGUUCGCAAUAUGAUUAUAUUAUAGAAAUAUAUAAUUAUGUUAAUUCAAUUGUGUACAGGUGUACAGGUUCACAUAUUUUAUAA